AACGUAAAGGGCAUGUGCGAUCCAAAUAAAACAAUCUGUGCUCGGCUUCUGGGUGAGGCGAAUUUAAAUGUAUCACCGUCUGCUGAACAUGGUUAUUACUUGGGUCCUGGUUUUAAAGAACUCGGUCUGGUUACUGUGGAGGACAAUAUGGUACAAGAUGAUGCACAUUUUGAGGCACAGUUUAACAUCUCGGAUGCUUGCCUUGCAGUUUAUACGAAUUCACCUAUCUCACAAUCUGUGCAAAUCCUGCUGGUGUGUACUUCAGAGGAAACCGCAAUUCUCCUAAAUGGACCGCUGGACAAUGAACCCGUUAGCAUCAACUUCGCGGUAUGGGCGGAUGGCGGAAAAAACAUUACCCUGGAAAUCUAUCCUGGCGCCGAUCCAGUAACAACACUAAGAGAAGCAUUACACUUAUCAGCAACGUACAAUUAA